AUGGAUGCUGCUGGUAUAACCAUGUCUCUAAGUGAGGGUCUUCAUAAGUGGAUGUUAUUUCCUGCUGUUCAAAGAUUGAUGGAUAUUACAGUCCAUUGCAAUGCCAAAUUAGUUAGCUGUGGUGAGGCUGAUAUAUGUGUGCAGUGUCUGCUUCAAAUAAAAAUGAACAGCUCUCCUUAUUUGGACUAGGUUAUAGCUCAUAUGGGGUCUCAUUUCCACCAGGUUUUUAUUCGUAAGUUGCUGUCUGCUGCACUCAAAGAAUACACAGUUAGUGAUUCCCCAGGGGGAGGGGUUGGUGAUACUUUUGUCAUGACCCCCACUGUAGUGCAUGUUCUGACAUACUUUUGUCUUCAACAUUCCCAAGAAGUCAAGAAUAACCUGCUGGCCAUGUUUCAUGUAAGUGAAGCUGUUCUUGCUCUCUCUUAGUUUUAAAGCAAAGUAAAAAAACUAAAUCGAGACAUGUUUUACGGGAGUCAAAAAAAGCCAGCAAUGGGGCAAAGCAACUCCUUCGGGAGUCAAACAAACUCAGCAAUGGGACAUGACAACUCCUUCGGGUGGCAAACAAACCCAGCAAUGGGGAAAUACAACUCCUUCGGGAGGCAAACAAACCCAGCAAUGGGGAAAUACAACUCCUUCUGGAGGCGAACAAACCCAGCUAUGGGACAAUACAACUCCUUCUAGAGGCGAACAAACCCAGCAAUGGGAUAAUACAACUCCUUCGGGAGGCAAACAAACCCAGCAAUGGGACGAUAUAUACAACUCCUUCUGUAGGCGAACAAACCCAGCAAUGGGACAAUACAACUCCUUCUGGAGGCGAACAAACCCAGCAAUGGGGCAAUACAACUCCUUCUAGAGGCGAACAAACCCAGUAAUGGGGCAAUACAACUCCUUCUGGAGGCGAACAAACCCAGCAAUGGGGCAAUAGAACUCCUUCUGGAGGCGAACAAACCUAGCAAUGGGACAAUACAACUCCUUCGAGAGGCAAACAAACCAAGGAAUGGGACAAGAUAACUCCUUCGGGAGGCAAACAAACCCAGCAGUGGGGAACAAAAUUUACUUACUAUGCCAUAACCUUGUGAAUUUUGCCAAAAUUAACUCUAGAACGCCAGAUUAUUUGUGCAAACAAUAUAAACAACUGUGUAUUUCAAUAAAUGCAUUAAUGAAA